CUCACGGUACACACCGUAAACUGUUACUCCACGCUGCGCUGCACGGCUUCCUCUUCCUCCCUCCUCUUCUUCUCCUCAGAUCCCUCUCGCGGUCGCGGCCAACAACCACAGAUCCACAUCCCAAAGCUGCAGCGCGGGGGGCCGCAGCAGCCGCAGCAGCAGCAAUGGCGGUGCGCGCGAGCCUCGCCUGCUUCCCCUCCGACGCGGCACUCCAGGAGUCCUCGGGCAUCCCGUGGGGCGUCGCCGUGACGCCCUUCUCCGCCGCCGACGAGCGCGGCGCGGCGCCCGCCACCGGCGCCGAGGGCCACCUCCUCCCGCGCUGCGACUCCUGCUACGCCUACUUUAGCACCCUCUGCCCGCUCCACCGCUGGUCGUGGUCCUGCGCCAUCUGCUCCGCCGACAACGACCUCACCCCCGACGCCUCCGCGCGGUACGCCCGCGACGGCGGCCAGGACCCGCCCGAGAUGCGCUCCGCCUUCGUGGACCUCCUCCUCCCUGGGGAAGAGGGAGAGGCGGCGACGACGACGCCAGUGUACGUGGCGGCAAUCGACUUGUCCUCUUCGGAGGAGUUCUUGGAGCUAGUCAAAAGUGCUCUCCUAGCAGCUCUUGAAGCUAUCCCUCCAGGAUCAUUGUUUGGGCUUUUGACAUUUAGCAGCAAGAUAGGUUUAUAUGAUGUUCAAGGUCCGAUACCGAUUGUGAAGAAUGCUUUCAUCCCUCCUGAUUCUGAUGGUACCUUACUUGUCGACCUUGAAGAUGUCAUGCCGCUUCGUUCCUUUUUGGCUCCUGUCGACGGGUGCAAAGAUCGCAUUGCUGAAGCACUUGAAACAAUUAAACCAACAUCUUCCUGGGAAAUAACAGCAACUGCCUCAGAAGUCCAGGAUCACGCGUUGCAUCAUGCCCGCGGUUUUGGGUUAGCAAUGGAUGCUGUUGUCAACUACCUAUGUACAGAGUACGGAAGUUUGUUUGAACUUGCAAGGAUAUUCACAUUUUUGUCUGGUCCACCGAAUUACGGGCCUGGCCAAAUAGAAACAAGAAGUGACGUGGACCAUAAUGCUGCUAAAAUGCUGGGAUCCGACCAUACAUUCAUUUCCGAGCAGACAAAUUUCUACACAAAUCUGGCUGCUAGUGCUGUUCAAGCAGGUGUAUGUGUGGACCUUUUUGCAAUUACAAAUGAAUACACAGAUCUUUCUUCCUUGAAAGUUCUUAGUGUUGAGAGCGGUGGCUCAUUGUACAUGUAUUCAAGUACAGAUGAAUCAACACUUCCGCAAGAUAUAUACAAAAUGCUAAGCCGUCCUUAUGCUUUCGGAUGUGUGCUGCGUUUGAGAACAUCUUCAGAGUUCAAGAUUGCUGAUUCUUAUGGCCAUUUCUUUCCGGAUCCUCAAUACAUGCAUGUUCAGCACAUAAAUUGUUGUGACUCAUUUGCUACCUACGUCUAUGACUUUGAGUUUCAAAAGGAUUCUCAGUUUUCCAGGAAGUCAAGCCCUCCUAUACUUCAAAUUGCAUUCAAGUACACAACGAUUGUGCAACAGGGUGAUACUUCUGAUGAUGUCUCAAAUUCUGUCAGCAGAUCAAAGUUCACCUUGCAAAGGCGGCUAAGAGUGCGGACUAUCCAGUACAACAUAACUGCUAAUAUCUGGGACCUGUAUGAUUUUGUUGAUCCAGAUGUUGUAUUGACUAUACUAGUACACCAGGUUAUUUUGGCUUCGUUAAGUGAUGUGCUAGAGGCAAGGAUAUGGCUCCGUGAUUGGUUGGUGAAUUUCAUUGCCCAGUACAACAAGGCAUACAAGGUCGUUAGAUCUGGUGGAACUGGAAUGUCUGAUAUUGAUGUUGAUUUCAUACACUGCUCACAACUGCAACCUCUGUCAAGACUUGUAUUUGCUUUUCUAUUAAGUCCACUGCUUCAGCUUCACGGUCAAGGUAUUCAUCCAGAUUAUCGGACAUAUUUGCAAUGCCUCUUCAGUGCACUGGAGGCAUCAUCGCUUCGCCAAGCUAUAUGUCCUACAUUGAUUUCAUACUCUUCUCCUGAUGUAGAAGCAGAAGUGCAUCAGUCACUAAGUCGAAGUGUAUUCAACAGUGAGAGCCCGAUAUUCCUUCUUGAUGCCUACACUGAUCUUCUGGUGUAUUACUCACCUACAGUCAGUAGCACAAUCCCCUUCCCUCCUCCACGUGACUGUCUGUUGAGAUCCAAGAUUGAUAGAUUGAAGCAAGAAAGGAAUAUAACCCCCAAGCUUGUCUUUAUCCAUGGUGCACACGAUGAUACUACAGCAUUCGAGAGAUACCUGAUUGAGGAUCAAAGUGUCGAUGGUUCUUUGGUAGCUAGCGCCACAGGUUUUAGAUCGUUCCUUGAGGGCAUCCGAAGCAGGAUAGCUGAGUACAGCAGAUAGGCGCCCGUUUCAGCCGUUGCUUGAGCUGCCCAGUAUUCAAGGAUUGAUUUUUCUUGCUAUCAUGGAUCCGCUGCUCCCUUUGCCUUGAAGCCAUGUUGUUCCUCAUCUGCUCUGUAUCCAUGGAGGUGAUCUACCAGUUCUCGCGGGACUGCUAGGGGAACCGAUUUUUAAAUGCAUUUGUAAGUUCAGACUCUGCAAUGUUUUACAAUAUGAACAUCCACACCGGCUGACCGGCUUUGCAUGGUGGGUUGGACUGUAUACUAGAGAGCAUAUGCAUAUUUGAUACAUGUUUGUUUAGGCGGCGAUUUUGGCCGUGUACUGAUGUGUUCCUCUUACAUAGUACGGUUAUGGUGCAUGCAAAACUAGACGUUAACAGUGGAUGUCUUUGGCAAAGUAAUGAAGCUUUCUUCUUCCUUUUUU